UCAAUGCGCAGCUGCGCCUGUUUUGCAUCUUUUUUAGCGUCAUUCAAGUUCUUUCCUCCGCGUGCGUUUCACUUGUGCUUUCACUAAGCAGGCGAUAUCGAAGAUGAAUCCAGAUAAGUUGAAAAAGUUGCAAAAUGAAGUUAGAAUUGGAGGAAAGGGUACGCAAAGGCGUAAGAGAAAGGUUGUACAUAAAACUGCAACUACUGAUGACAAAAAAUUGCAAGGUUCAUUAAAAAAACUUUCUGUUAACACAAUACCUGGAAUUGAAGAAGUAAAUAUGAUUAGAGAUGAUGGGACUGUCAUUCACUUUAACAACCCAAAAGUACAAGCAUCCUUAGCUGCCAACACGUUUGCAAUCACUGGAAAUGCAGAACAUAAACAACUUACUGAGAUGCUUCCUGGAAUUUUAAAUCAAUUGGGAGCAGAAGGUUUGACCAAUCUUCGAAAGCUUGCGGAGCGUCUUCCCCAAACUCGUCUCGAAACUGCAACAGAACACGAUGAAGGUGACGAUGUUCCAGAUCUCAUUGAAAAUUUCGACGAAGCCUCGAAAAAUGAAACAGCAAGUCAUGAAUAAACUCAUCUUUUUCAAACUUUUCUUAUUUUUAAAAGGAUUUUUCUAUCAGUUAA